AUGGCAUCUGUUACGUCCCUAGACAAGGACCUGCGCAAUCUGCGCCUGUCCCGCUAUACCCCGCAGGCAGCCGCAGAAGUACGUGACUGGGUAGAAGAAAUGCUUCAUGAUCGGCUACCAGCAGGUGACCUUCUCGAGGCUCUGAAAGAUGGCGUUGCUCUUUGCAGACUUGUCAAUCUUGCAGUGUCUCCGGGAGUCAAGUUCAAACAAUCAUCGAUGCCCUUUGUGCAGAUGGAGAAUAUUUCUCACUUCCUCCGUGCCUGUCAAAUGCCACCCCUAAGCCUCCCACCACAUGACGUCUUUCUCACGGUCGAUCUCUACGAAGCCAAAGAUCCCGCACAGGUUCUCCAAUGCCUAAUGGCUUUCAGCCGGCGGGCCAACGCUCUUCAACCCAGCAAAUUCUCUCGUUCGAUUGGUCCCCAGAACAAAGGGGGCACCUUGAGUCCAAACAUGACUGGCUCCAGUCAAGGGGGCUACACCCCUGCGAGAUCUCGAGGAUUUAGCAACGUGAGUGAUGCUAACUCGAGAAUGUCUGGACAACCUAGUCCCUCUGCGAAGCCUUCUUCCAUCAGUACUUGGAGUAAGAAGUCGGAUGAACAUUCCACAACCCCAGCCUGGAAUAUCCACCAAUACGGCUACAUGGGUGGUGCCAGCCAAGCGAACCAAGGGGUCGCCUUUGGUGCUCGUCGGCAGAUUACAACCGCUGCACCACACGUACCAAGCUUGACGGAGAAGGAACAACACAGGCGUGAAGCAGAAGACCGUGCUCGUAUAGAGCAGGAGAAUGCUGAGCGCAUGCGCCAGCAGGAGCGGGAAUUGGAAGAGGAGCGAGCUCGAGCAGAGGAAACACGUCGCUGGGAGGAAGAGACCGCGCGUCUUAGAGAAAAGGAGCGGCGUGAGGUGGAGGAAGAGCGAAGACGGUGGGAUGAGGAACAGCGAAAAUGGGAGGAAGAGGAACAACAGCGCCUACGGGAAGAAAGAGAAACAGAAGAACGAUUCGAUAAGGAAAGGCAACGUCGACGAGAGGCACACGACUCACGUCUCAACGGGCAAUUCCUCAGUCAAUAUCAAGCCAGCCUAGGGAGAACUGACCCAACCGUCUCUUCCGAGUCCAAGGAGAGCGAGCGCGUUCAAGAACUGGAGCAGGAACUAGAGAAGGCGAAGGAGAGAGAGUCUCAGUACGAGCGCGAGCGACGAGCUCUCCAAGAGAAAGAGUCAGGACCCAACCAAACCCGCAGUCCCCGUCCGGCCCCUGUCCCUCCCAAGCCAAGCUAUAAUCUAUCUUCCCUGGAGCAAGAACGCCGACUCCUUCGUACGGAAUGGCAGAAUUAUCAACAGGAAGGCCCAAUCUCCGAAUCCACCAGUCCACCCUCCAAUCCUCCUCGACCACUUCCCGACCCGUCAACAUCCGCACAGCCCUCAGCCACCAGUCCAUCACCAGCUAUGCCCCCUCGUCGUCCACUCCCCGACCCGAUCACCCAUGCCCUCGAGACCCGGAAACAAGAGAGCCGCGUCGACCGAUUCCUCUCAUCGAACCGUCCGCCCGUGGCACCAAGGCCGACUACCCAUCGACCACAAGACUAUACCACCACUGCGGAGGUCGACGUGGAGAACAGUCGCCGUGAAGCUGCUCAGCAAAAAACCAAAGCCGGUGGUUGGGCCUCAAAGUCCCUUCUGGAGCGUGAAAUGGAGCGCGAGCGUGAGCGCCAGCGCGAAUGGGAGGAGAACCAGAAACAAACCGAAGAAGCUGCCGCAAAGGGACUAGGGGACGCUUCUCUAGGUACUGGUCCAGGUCAAGGAGCCUGGAACGUGCACCAGUAUGGUUUCCUGGGCGGCGAUAGUCAGAAUCGAGGUGGUCCCGGUUUGGGAGUCGGGGGAGCCAAACGACAGAUCAUUGGGCCUCGACCUCCUCUAUAA